AUGGCUUGGGCCGGCAGCAGCAACAUCAACCCCCGCAGACCUUCCCAGCCCCUCCCCAGCCUUCACUCUGGCAACAUCCCCAGCCGCAGCAGACUUUUCAGCCCUUUCUCUACCCUGUCAAGCCCCCAACUUGGCAACCACAGUCUGGGCAGCCCUUCAGCUGGAAUGCGUCCGCCUAACAGGCCAGCCCCUAACACGUCCUGUCCUUCUACCACCUCUCGCAGCCACACCUACACGGCCCGCCGAGGGAAAGGACGCAGCAGCAGCUGCCUCACUGUGGUGACGGCCAAUGUGAGGGGACUUAGGACAAAUGUUGGUGACCUCACACACAAUUUCGCCCUGCGACAUAGGGCUGACGUUGUAGCAGUGACAGAAACGUGGCUCACUGGAGAGGUAGAACCAACGUUUGGUAAGGUCCCUGGGUACUCCCACUGGAUAAGGAAGGACAGGGAGAACAGAGCAGGCGGAGGGGUGGCAGCUUGCUUUAGGGACGGCCUCCAAACCCAGGAACUUGAGGUGACGGUUCCUCUUCAAACGGAAGCACUGUUCUUCAGGGUGGUACUGGAAGACAACAGAGGUCUCCUCCUCUGUAUCAUGUACCGCCCCCCCAGGCAAGGACGGGCACCCCUGGACUUCCUGACGGAGGAACUCGACACCCUUCUUCUACGCCAUCAAUGCUCCCACGUGAUGGUAGUGGGAGACCUAAACUGCCACCUAGAGCAGAACGCUUAUGACGACCUCUUGGAGGUGCAGGGCCUAACAAAUCAUGUUACCUUCCCCACGCAUGUGCGAGGAGGGAUGCUAGACCCUGUGCUGUCAGACCUCCCCGAGACGAGCGUCCGCUGUCAGCAGCUGGGGCCUGUAGGCAGCUCGGAUCAUUACGCUGUCCUGGCCCGAGUCGAGCUGAACGCAACGCGAGAGGACGCUGUCCCACGCACCAUCUGGCUCUGGGGGAGGGCUGACUGGCCGACCAUGAGGCGUGCCCUGGAGGAGAUAAACUGGGAGAAACCUUGGCCUGACGAUCCUGCUUGGUUUGGCUUCCGCUGCAAGGCCGCUGCUGAGGCCAAACACGCCGCCUGGCUGAGGUACAAGCGGCACCCGACGCAGAGGAACAAGGCACUACACAAGGCUGCCUGCAAACGGGUGGUAGCUGCCUGCAGAUGGGCCAAACAUAGAAAACAGGAGGAUCUAAAACGGAAACUUUGUGGCCCAGGAGUAGGAGGCAAGACCUGGUGGAGCUUAGUCAAGGAGCGCCAAGGAGCUAAACACCAAGACGCCAUCCCUCCACUCCUCAGGCCUGACGGUUCCACUGCCACAAGCAGCUGGGACAAGGCCUCACUCCUGGCUACAAGCUUCAGCAACAAGAUGAGGGUUGGAGACCCGGGAAGACAAGCGCCUCACCUGCCACUGGAGACUCAAAGCACCAUCACCCUGGUCUCAGUGACAGCUGGACAAGUUGAGAGGCUCCUGAGAGCAGUGGAAGUGGGUAAAGCCACCGGCCCGGACGACGUCAGCCCACACCUCCUUAAGAACUGUGCUAAGGAGCUCAACUACAGGCCGAUCUCCCUGCUCUCUGUGGUGGGCAAGGUGCUGGAGCGGAUAGUGGCUGGAGCCAUCUGUCAACAUCUGAGUGAAAACCAUCUCCUCUCAGAGAGACAGUUUGGCUUCAGGCCAGGCCGGUCCACCUCCGACCUACUCCUGCUCCUCACCAAAGACUGGCAAAACGCCCUGGACGAGGGCCUGGACACGCUUGUGGUAGCCCUGGAUAUAGCUGGAGCCUUUGAUAGGGGUUCAGUGCUGGGCCCAAUCCUGUGGAACAUCUAUAUCGACGACCUGCUCCGAAAACUACCGACAGUGGAAGCAUAUGCGGACGACUGCACCCUCUCCCGGUCCUACUGCCGCCUUGAUAGCCAGAGCGCUGUCCGGCAGCUAAACAAGCAGCUACGGCUGGUGGAGCAAUGGGGAGAAACGUGGCAAGUCUCCUUUGCACCUGAGAAGACGCAGGCGAUGGUCAUCUCGCGGUCGCCAGGAGCCUCCAGAGCGGUCUCAGAGCAACUGUGCUUUGGAGGCAAGGCUCUGUCUCUCCAGGACCACAUCAAGGUCUUAGGGGUGACGGUGGACCGCUGCCUGCGCUUCGACGGCCAUGUAGGUGCAGUCACCCGACAGGCGUCUCUAAGAGUCUCUGCCCUGCGGAGGGUGGCGGGAACGCUUGACCCACACGGCAUCAUCACGCUAUACAAGGCGCAGAUACGUCCGUGCCUGGAGUACGGCUGCCUGUCGUGGAUGUCAAGUGCCGCCACCCACAUGCAGAGACUUGACAAGGUGCAGCGACGAGCUCUACGUCUGGCGGGAUACGACGCACACCAGGACGACCUGCCGCCACACACCCCCGUCACGUCGUUGGAGCACCGGCGAGAUGUGGCAGCGCUGGUGGUGUGCCACAAAACUCAGGUGCAAGGAGUACCGCACCUCCGACGCCUGGGACUUCCACCACGCGCUGCCCAGAGGCCCACGCGAGCAGACUGUGGAGGUGCCCUUCUCCAACACACGGCAGCACCAACGAACAUACAGUGCCCGGACCUCAAGGAUGUGGAAUGCAUUCACCACAACCACACCCUAGUUUGUCCUGCAGAGAAGAUAUCGUGA